CCUCGUCUUUCUGACAGCUUGCACCCCUGUAACUUUUCUGACAGUGAGCAAACACCAGCAGCUGCCUAACCCACGGGGGUGCCACGCAAGGUGCACGGUCCCGUGAAACUCUCCCUCUUGUACACCGCAGCUACUGCAAUGGGCACGUGCCUGUCCAGCUCGCAGACUCCUUUUACGCCCUGGGCUGCUGCUCCUGGCCUGCUUCUCCUGCAGACAGAUAGGUUUUGGAAAGCAAUUGGCUCUGACACCUGGCUGUGCUUCUCUCUGCUUGGAAAGUCAUCAAGACCUCCGCUGAGUGGGGAGCUGGGACUGCUGCACUGCCCUGAGCAAAGCAGCAGGGUCAGCACUGCGGGCACAGGCGUGGGCACGGCUGCCCGACUCACCUGGGAGCCAUCCCAGUGCUUUGCUGGAACGCCACUGGGAUGAGCUGGGUCGGCAGCAAGUUCUGGCUGAGGCGUAGGGGAUGUUUGGUGCAAGGCAAGCUGCUGACGCAGGAGUGGCUUUAGCUGCUGGAGCUGACCCUUCCUGCAGUUUGAGCAAAAUCUGCCUUGGGUUUAAACUGGGCUUGAAUUCCUCAUCUGCCCUUUCCCGUAGGAGCAAAGCCCCUGCCACCACCUUUGGACCUGGUGGGCGAGCCCGGGGAGCAGAGGAGCAGGGUUCCCUUCGUGCAGCACAGCGUGCCCCCGAUGACAGAGGCGGCGGCCAGGCGAGCCCUCCUGCACUUCGUGGCCUCCCGAUGCUGCUACGGGAGCAGAGCCGCAGGAGAGCUGGCCAUCCGGCGGCUGCGGCAGCUGGGGACGUACCGAAGCCUGGAGCGGCCAGACCCCCCCGGGAUGCCUCCCCGGACCCCUGGGACAUGGAGGUGGGGGCCCCCCUGCUCUUCCAGGGCCAGACGCGGCGCUGCCGGGUGCCCCGCUCGGCGCUCGUCAGGGACUGUCACAGGUGCCAUGGUCACGGCCGGGCCAAGUGCGGGGUGUGCCACGGGGCAGGUCGGACGAGGUGUGUAACGUGCAAGGGAUCCCGACGGAGGCUAAAGCAGCAGAAGAGAUGCCAGCUUUGUUCAGGUACAGGUCGCAAAAGGUGCAAUACCUGUUCUGGCCGGGGCAGCAAGACCUGUGCAACCUGUCACGGAGAGAAAAAGCUCCAGCAUUUCAAGCAGCUGGUGAUAACCUGGAAGAACAAUGUCUUUGAAUUUGUUUCUGAGCAUCACCUGAACUUCCCAGGAGAGCUGCUCAGCAAAGUCAGUGGAGAGAAUAUAUUUAAAGAUGAAAACGUGAUGGUGUACCCCAUCAUCGACUUUCCCGAUCCCGAGAUCUCCCUGGCCUCGCAGCGAGCCAUCGCAGAGCACAGCGCAGCCUUUGCCACGUCCUCCCGCAUCCUCCGGCAGCGUCAAACAAUUGAGUUAAUCCCCAUCACAGAAGUUCACUACCAGUAUUCAGGGAAGCCUUACCUCUACUACAUCUAUGGGCUCGAAAACAAGGUGUAUGCGCUGGACUACCCCGAGCGGUGCUGCUGCGGCUGCACCAUCGUCUGAGACUCGGCGCAGGGAGAACCGCGCGGUUACGGCAGCAAUCGCCCAGCGAACCCCUGCGCCGGCCGGGACUCGGGAUGCUCCAGGACCUUUCCCACCGUGCUGGCUGUGCUUGCGUCUGCAGCAGAGGACUGCAAACAGAAUGGAAAAGGGGAAGAAAACCAUGACACCUCUCCCUCCAAACCACUGGUAUCUCAGAGCUGGGACCAGGAUCAGGCCUUUGGGUAAAGAUUUCCCCCGUGGAUGUUUUCCUGUCUUGUUGCAAUGCCGUAUCAUUAAAGUGAUGCACAUUGACAGAGCCGUUUUCGGUC